AUGUCCGGGUACAACGGAAAUGGAGAUACCAUAUCAAUCACAACAAAUUCUGUCACACCAAUUGCUCAUUCUCUUGUAUUGGAACAAUUUUUGCGGACAUCUAGUGAGUCUGCUUUGCUGUCGGAAACUGUUCCGGGUGUUAAAAUAGUCAAUACCAAGAAACAAACACUGUCUUCUCAAGUUGAUUGCUCUAAGGAGGCAAGAACUGAAAGAAAAUCUGCAACAUGUGCUAUUCAUAAUGAGAAUGAUGAUGAUUUGAAAGAUGGCCCAAUUAAGAGGAAACCUCGAAAUAUCCGAAAAGCCACAAACGCAUCUCAAUCGGAUAUCAAGAGCAUCAAUUCUAAAAUAAUGUUCUUUCAUCUUUGUCAUCUUCACAACUGGAACCGGACUGACGAUUCGGUAUUUUAUUUUCAAGGAAAGGAAACAUUAUUCCAUAAGUAUUUUCAGGAUGUCGCGGACGAAAUGGACGAUGAACAAACGAAAGAGCCAAUUCAGCAGACUAGUUCAAAACGACAACAGAAAAGAAAGAGCAGGGAUCAGAAUGUAAUAGAUGUUUUUUGCUACGCAAAAAUCCAAAAGCAACAGCAACGUGCAACAAUGACAUACAACCCAGACAUCAACAACUCGGUCAAUCUUCGACGCAACAUUAUGCGAGUGAUGAACGAAGCCGAGCGGAACGUCAGAACAUGGUCAAAUUACGUCAUCGAAGACAGGGCCAACAUGACAAAAUCUUUGGAUUGUCGAGCCAAAACGGCGAACACAUCUAAGACGAAGAUGUUUUCAGCCAUCAUGGUCAUCAACAACCUUGAGGAACAAUUCAAGGCGGACAACAAGUUAAUCAGAAGAUUGACGAAUAACGGAAUUAUCGACGACAAAUACUUCCUCCGAGAAAUGGCAAAAAACGACGUUCAGGAACACCUGCUCGAGGAUACCAUCAGGGAGACGAGGAGAUACGCGGAAGCAACGAUUGCAGAAAUGAUCUCAAUCGAAAGAGAAAUUCUGCAAGGAAGAGUCUCCAACCAUCUGGAGUUCGUGGACAUUCUUCGGAGCAGGAUGAUGGCAAGAGAGAUGAAUCAAAUGAGAGAAGCCUUUCUAACUGGGGCGGGAGCCUCGAUCGACGAUCGGAGAGACGAUGACGAACGACGUUCCAGAGUAGAUACAUCAUCCGACGACCAAUCUUCAAGACGAUCCACCUCGACAAGACGCUCACGCUCACUAUCAACGCAACGAUCAGCUACGCCACAGUAA